AUGACGCGGAGCACCGUAAAAGGUGCAAGACAUUUGGCACUGCCUAAAUCGCUGAACCAUCUACCAAGCAUAUCUAUUGUGGGAAACCUUCAGGUGUCAGGCGAAGGUGACGUGCAAAUUUGUGUUUAUUAUCGAAGUAUAUUUGAAGACCUGUACCGCGUUGUGUGUGCCGCGUUCUCAACCACAGGGGAAGCGAGGAGCAAUUGGCAUCAGGGCAGUGUUAAGCGAAGCGGCGAGAACUACUGGCUUCGCGCUAGAACUGAGCACAACUAUCUAUUACUGAAACAAACGUCAAUUACCUUGAUUGUUGCUGUAUCUGUGUUAUUUGAAGAAACACCGAAUUAA